AUGAAAUCACAAAAUGCUACCAACAUAAAUAAAAUUCGACAAGAGCUUGAAAGCGGGCGUGAUCCAUCAAUGAUAAGUGCAGAAAGUAUGGAAGCAGGAGAAAAAGCAGCUUGGAAGGAGGUUUUGUUAAAAAUAUCUCCUACAUUGGACGCAGAUGAAAAAAGGGCGGAUAUCAUUGUAUUUCUUCAGACAAUUAUUUCCCAAUAUUUUAAGGGAAUUCAGGUUUUUCCAUAUGGUUCGGUGCCAUUAAAGACAUAUCUUGCGGAUGGAGAUAUAGAUAUGACUGUCAUAUGCUAUCCUAAUAUGAAAGAUUAUAUAGCAAACGACAUUUACAAACUUCUUAAGUAUGAAGAGCAGAAUAUGUCUGCCGAAUACACAAUAAAAGAAACAAGGAUGAUCGGUGCUGAGGUGAAACUUGUAAAAUGCAAAGUUGAAAAUAUUCCGAUCGACAUAUCUUUUAAUCAACUAGGUGGACUUUCUACCCUAUGUUUUCUGGAACAGGUUGAUCAUCUAGUUCAAAAGAAUCAUCUUUUUAAGCGGAGUGUUAUGCUCCUCAAAGCUUGGUGCCACUAUGAAUGUCAUAUCCUUGGCGCAUUUCAUGGUUUACUGGCUACCUAUGCUUUGGAAGUUCUGAUUCUAUAUAUAUUCCAGCGGUUCAAUUCAUCUUUAAAUGGACCUUUGGCGGUACUUUAUCGAUUUUUGGACUAUUAUGCAAACUUCGAUUGGAAUAACUAUUGUAUCAGUUUGGAGGGUCCAAUUCUCACAUCAUCUCUUCCCAACCUUGUUGUUACUGAUCAAGGGAAUGACGGAGCAGAUCUAUUGCUGUCAAAAGAAGAUAUGAGAUCCUAUACCGAAAUGUUUUCAUCUUCAACUUUUUGCGUUAAUCAGGAUAUGCAGAUUUUUGGUGCCAAGUAUCUGAACAUCAUGGAUCCACUGAAAGAAAAAAAUAACCUAGGCCGUAGUGUGAGCAAAGCAAACGCUGCCAGAAUAAUUUCAGCAUUCAAAUAUGGGGCUCGCAACCUUGGUCGCAUUCUUCAGUUGCCAAGAGAAAGCAUCUCGGAUGAGAUUAAAAAGUUCUUUGGGAGCACUUUGAUGAACCAUGGAUCCAGUUUUGCUGAACUUGAAAGGUUGUCGCCCCUACCUGUAUCUGAGGAAGACUUUCCUUUGGAGUCGGUAGAAAUUGAUGAUAUUUAUGAUGACGGCGAUGACAAUGACGAUUGCAAUGAUAAUAAUGUGGAAGGAACUCGGCCUGCAAGUAACGUGAGUAGCCUUCUCAAAGCUUGGCCUCUUGAUAAACCCAUGGACACGGAAACUGUGAAAGAGUCAGAAUUGCUAGAUCUCAGAGGAGAUUAUGCAAGUUCAGCUAGAAACUUAGCCUACAGUCUGUGUACUCUUGGGUAUUCUUCAACUAUUCCAGCAUUAAGUACUCGUCCCCCAACCACUGGCCAGUUUCAGGAAAUGCCGUCGACUAGUGCACAAUGGAAUUUGAAUGAAAAUGCUGCAGUUGCUCGACGGCGUUUCAACACUGGAAACAAUCAUUAA